AAAACUUACUGCGUUUCGAAUAAUUUUAUUUUUCAUAAUCACAAUAUUCUAAGUUCUGGCUGUAUUCUGGAGAGUUUCCUCAUGGGCGUCGCAAUUCACACACGUCACGGAUUCCGCCGAAGGAGUCGAUAAUUAAAACUGAACUUUUGGAUCGGAGAUAUGAAGACGCCCGCUGAAUUUUGCUUGGCGGAGACGCACAGCUCUGACACUAGACAAUAUUAUUAUACACUCAAAGGGAACGCGUUUCGCCGGAAGAAUAAAUAAUUACAUAAAUCGCAUCUACAAAAAUACCAAGAUGAUCUCAUUUGAAGUUAAUGACGUGGCUAUCAACGUAGAAUUAUAUAACGAGGGUACGAGGAAAAAUUCCAAAACCAGGAUAAAGAUUGUUCCAUUAAAGCAUAUAAUGAUUUAAAGUCAUUAUUAAGUGAGCAAAGAAGACUUAAUUUAAUGUUUCAUUUGGUGCGUUCAAAGGACUUUUACGAAAUGGAAACUGAGUACAACAAAAACAUGCUUCCAGGCAAAGACGUAGACGUAUCUCUAUCAUUGCACAUUAAUCGGAUAUCUGGCGUAGACGAGAGCAAAGAGGAAAUAGCACUGGACGUAUUUUUGCAUGUGUACUGGGAAGACCCCCGGAUCUGGAUUUUGGGAAACGCGAGCCAGGUGGAGCUGACCUGGGACAAGGACCCGAAAUUCUGGAUCCCUGACCUGUACAUCAGGCAAUUGAGAGAGAUGAAGGUGCUUACGCUGUUCCAGGACUUAGCGUCGAUACGAUUGUACGACAACAGUACACUCCGGAUUAGCAUUGGAGCGACCAUAAUAAUCAAAUGUGACAUGGACUUCGUACUUUAUCCGUUGGACGUACAAACUUGUGCUGUAGACUUCGGCAGCUACAAAUACACGCUGACGGACAUGAAAUUCCAUUGGAGAGACGAUCCGCUGAUUUUCCCCAGUGACUUUGGAGAUGGAUUUCGAUUGCCUCGUUACGUCGUAUCGUUUGUCACUGUUAAUCGUUUGAAUGUGAUUUAUUAUGGCGAUGGUAAUCAUUCCACGGCCCGGCUGGUGAUCACACUCAGCCGUGAACUCAGAAGUCACCUGCUAGAGAGCUACUUGCCAAGCACGCUAUUCGUCAUCAUGUCUUGGGGCAGCUUCGUAGUAAUGCCCGAAGUUGUGCCUGGCAGAAUGGUUCUACUGGUCACAACACUUCUGUCCCUGGUCACCAUGUUCGAUACCAUAAGGAACAACUCGCCGAGCGCUCUGGAACUGAAAUGCAUCGAAGUGUGGCUAAUAUCAUGCACGCUGUUCGUGUUCUUGGCGCUGGUCGAGUACUUUAUCGUGCUAUUUGGCAUGCGAUAUGAUAAGCAUUGGAGGCAUAAGAAACGCGAUCUAGAUGGCAGUGGAGGCGCUCCAAGCAAACCACCAUUGUUCGGGUCCAACAAAGUUCACGCAACCUCCGGAAGCGAUAUGGCUGGAGAAGACGAUUCGCAGACUGCAAAAUCUCAACUUCCUACAUCACAGCAGCAUAUGGGGACGACGAACAGUGGACCAGUGGUGGUUGCAUCCACCGGGAAGCUGCGAUUCCAGUUGAUCACCAGACAUGUCAUACUAUAUUGCGGUUCGCCGAGGGGCACCCUAGACCAGGUGUCGUUGGCACUGUUCCCGUUGUGCUUUGUCAUUUUCUCUGUCAUGUACUGGAUAUCUUACCUCAAUGAGUCCAGGCGCAAAGCGUUGGCCUCCAUCGUCUGAACGAAUGCAAAAAUAAAAAUGAUAUGUGCGUAUGAUGAUGAUAAUAAUAACAGCCAAUUAACAGGGGUGUCAUUUUAGAUGUUUCAGGGUAUGCUUAUGCAUACCUAAAAUUUAUAAAGAUUGUAUUUUUCCCUGGCUAUAAUUAUUCUACACCAGGCAAAAAUAAACUUUAUUUUUAAAAAUGUUUUGAUGGUCUUAAGUAUUGCCGAUACUAUGGGCUAUGGCUAUGUGAUAUUAUUAUUAAUGUACCUAUUAUUAAAUUAUUUAAAUGAAAUAUAAAAAUAUUUGGUUUAUAUUAAAUAUUUUAUGUGUGAUUGAGGAUUUCAGUAUUUGUUUUAAAUACACUAUUUAUGUACUUAUAAUGUAGUUUUCAACUCAUGGGCUCCUACACGAGUUCUCUCAGUGGGACCAAGUAUUUUGAAAAAAAAAAAAUACAAUGUUUUUAUAGGUAGAUACAAUAGUGUCUAUAAAUUUAAUAUUAUUAUAUUAUUUAAUAUUAUUAUAAAAAUAAUUAAGUACUAACUUAGUCGUAAUAUUAGGCAUACCGUAUACAAUAUUUAUAAUCUAAUUAGAUUAUUGCAUGAAAAAUAUAAAGAUUCUAAUUUUCGAGAGCGUGAAAUUGGCUUGGUGGAAAUUUUUUUGGCCUUUCUAGUUGUUAGCAUACCUUUCAAAAAGUUUAAAUGACGCCCCUGAAUAAUAAUUAUAAUAAUCUAACCUAUAAGUGAAAUCUUAAGUGAAAUAGGUACUUACUUACCUAUAUUGUAACUAAUAUAAUAGGUAUAUGGAAUAUGUAUACAAGUAUGCAACACUAUAAUAUUGUAUUAUAUUUAUAUUUCCGAAACUGAACUAUUUCUGCAGAUUGCAUCAAUAAUAAUAAAAUUAUAUACAUAUAUGAUAAUAUAUGAAUUAUUAAUGCAUAUUAUAUAGAUACAUAAAAUAUACAAAUUAGUAUUUACUAACAAUAUUAAGUUACAUAAAUAGCUACAUUUUAAUAAAUGAUUGUAUUGUAUUUUUGUGUCAAUAUGUGGUUAAAAUUGUUUGUAAUAAUUAAUACGCACAACAUAUCAAUCUGUAACAUUAAAAAGACAAGUAGGUAAUGCACUACUUUAUAGUUGCAUAGAUGUGGAGUGUACAUCGUCUUUGGAUAGGCACUAGGCAGGUCACUAUUGGAUUAUAUUGUAUAUUAAAUAAUAAAUUUUAAUAUUAAAAAUUGAUGUACCUAAGUAAAUAUUUAUCCUCAGUUAAUUUUUGACAUUUUGUUGCAAUUCUAAAGCGAAUAGCGAUAGAUAGGUACUUAAAAUGUUCACCAAAUAUUUAUUUUAUUAUUUUCUCUAGAUAAAAAAAUGUUUAACUCUUUUUCAGCUAUUUAUAAGCAUGAACAAAUUUAAUUUUUGUUUUUUUUUUAGUUAUUUUCGUUAAAAUAUUUUUCAUUCUAUCAAAAAGCUUAAAAAUGCACGAUUUUAUUUUUAUAAAUAUUAAAAGUUAAAAUUACAAAAAAUAUUCACUUCGAAUAAAUACAAUUUUUUAUUUAAAAUACCAAUUAAAUAACUUAAUUGACUGCCCAGAAUUAUUAGAAAGAUUAGAUUUAAAAAUUAGCCCCAUGCACUUAAGAGAAUUUUAUUUAAAAAAUGUACGACCUUGUUCUGAAUUUAACUCCCCGUGUAAGGUUUUAAUAAUGUUAGGAAACAAUAUUAAACAUGAAGAUUUAAUCUAUUAUCUAUAACUCAUUUUAAAAGUUUUCGUCAAAAAUGUAACUAAAAAUCCAAGUUAUGAAAAAUCGUUCAUCAACUUAACAUUAUAUUUGUAUUGUUUAUUAAUUAUUUAUAUAAUUGUAUGCAUGUAUUCUUUGUAUUCAUUAUUCUUAAACAUCAUAUUGAUAUUGUACCUAAAUCUACUUAUUAGUUAUUACUUAUUAAUUAUUAUUAUAUACGCUUUUAUAUAUAUUGUAAUAUAAUUUAAUUAAGAAACAAUUGUGCUUAUUGUAACUGUAAAAAUGAAACAGGAAUUUAUUUCCGUUAAUAAAGUUAUUACAUAUUAUUAUUAUUAUUAUUAUUAUCAAUGGUUUUGACCGAGCAAAAUUGUUUUCACCAAUAAUUAUAAGA